GUUUCCCGGAAUUCGUCUCAAAGGAGUUGAUAGCAUGAGUCGGUUGAAGUGAUUGGUUCGGAUAGACUAUCUGCGGGAAAUCCAGAACACAGCCAAGUCUCGGUCAGUUCUGAUUCGCUCUUCGACUUGGAGGAACGGGAGGGAAUAACACGAUAAGACAGUCACAAACCGCGUUCGGAGACGUAGGGAAGAUGUGCGAUUCCGAUGAUGAUGUCGUGCUCUCUCCCGAAGCACUGAAAGCUCUCGGUGAAUUCUAUAAGGAAAAAGAAGAGAUACAAAUCGAAGAGGAUUGGCAAUUGAGCCAAUUCUGGUACACGGACGAAACCGCGAAAGCUCUCGCAAAUAUUGCGCGGUCUCAAGGAACUCGAAUCUGUUGCGUAUCGUCACCGACCGCAUUCCGAGAGCUCCAGUCGACGCGUUCACCUGACGAGAAGCUGACUUUGCUGGAGUUCGAUCGCAGAUUCGGCGACCUGUACGGUGAGAACUUCGUCUUUUACGACUACAAGUCACCCGAGGACCUUCCUAAGGAGCUUGAGGGGGCUUUCGAUGUCGUGCUGGCUGACCCUCCUUUCCUCGCAGAAGAAUGUUUAGAGAAAGUCGCUAAGACCAUCACUUUUCUUACAAAGAAAAGCAUCAUACUCUGCACAGGAAUUGUGAUGAAAUCUUCAGUAGAAAGGAUCCUUGGACUUUCAGAGACAGCGUUUCAGCCUCAGCACGCGCGCAAAUUAGGUAACCAAUUCGGCUGUUUCACGAAUUUUCCUUUGAAUAAAACUUGA